GCACCACAAUCUAACAAGGACGUAAAACAUCGAAAUGAGAACGAAAACUUUGUUUGAAAAUUGCCUUCUUUCUGACCGUUUCGAUGGGUUUCGGAUUUUUUACUUGUGGACCAAGUGAAGCUUUGGUCAUUUCUGGAUGUUGCUACUCCCGACCUCGUUUGGUGCCAGGAGGCCGAGUAUUCGUUUGGCCUGGAAUUCAAAGGAUUCAAAGAAUAUCACUGAAAACUAUGACACUUCAAAUUGACUCUCCCAAGGUUUACACAAUACAGGGCGUUCCCAUUUCUGUAUCCGGUGUGGCACAGGUGAGAAUCCAAAGCCAAAAUAAGGAAAUGCUUUUGACGGCGUGCGAGCAAUUCUUGGGGAGAACUGAGGCCGAGAUACAGACUAUUGCCUUAGCGACCUUGGAAGGUUACCAAAGGGCGAUAAUGGGGUCCAUGACCGUUGAUGAAAUUUACAAAGAUAGAAAAAAGUUUAGUGAACAAGUCUUCAAAGUUGCCUCCUCAGAUUUGGUUAACAUGGGCAUUACUGUUGUUUCCUACACUUUGAAUGACAUCAGUGAUGAUAUGGGAUACCUGGCAUGCUUGGGCAUGGCGCGUACGGCUGAAGUAAAACGUGACGCAAGAACUGGCGAGGCAGAAGCUCGAGCUGAUGCUCGUAUAAGACAAGCGAUCGCCGAAGAACAGCGUAUGGCAUCCGUUUUGUUCAAUGAGACGCAAGUAGCCAAAGCACGUCGUGACUUUGAACUGAAAAAAGCAUCUUACGAUGUUGAAAUAGAGACACAGAGAGCGACCGCUGAAUUAGCCUACGACUUGCAAGCGGCGAAAACUAAACAGCGCAUUCAAGAGGAACAAAUGCAGGUUAAGGUCAUCGAACGUUCACAGGCGAUCGCCUUACAAAAGCAAGAAGUGCAGAGGCGCCUGCAAGAACUUGACGCGACUGUUAGCCGUCCGGCGGAAGCCGAGAAAUAUCGAUUGGAGACGAUUGCUGAGGCAAAUCGAAAAAGAGUGGUGCUCGAGGCGGAAGCAGAAGCCGAGGCUUUGCGCCUAAGGGGCGAGGCGAAGGCUUUCUCCAUUGAGGCUAAGGCUAAAGCGGAGGCCGAGCAGAUGGCGAAAAAGGCAGACGCGUGGAAGGAGUAUAAACGUGCCGCAAUGGUCGAUAUGUUUAUGGAUGUUCUGCCGCACGUUGUGGCGGAGAUUUCAACGCCUCUUGCUCAAGCUAAAAAGAUCACUAUGGUGUCGAAUGGGCAAGGAGAGAUUGGUGCUGCAAAAUUAACAGGGGAGGUUUUAUCAAUGGUUGCCGAAAUUCCUGAGGUAGUGAAGGCCAUGACUGGGGUUGAUAUUGCUCAGUCCAUUCGCACGGUUUAGGAUCUAUCACGCUGAAGAUAUGUCAUUAUUAGGGCGCAGUUCUUCUAUGCGAUUUGGAAUGCCUAUCUUGUGUGCCACAGUGCCCCACGGCCAUUGAAUAAAAAACCCACGGUCCAGUCUUGUUUUUAACUUAUUUAUGUCGAGAAGGUGCCCUCGUUCUUCAGUACAAUUCACAUUAGCUUUUUCUUUCAAAGUUUUGAAAAAAGCAUAGGUAUCUAGACUUUAACUCCCUCCUUACUUAAAAAAAGUUUGUGGAGCACUAUUUUGUUAAUUGUAUUGCACGCAAAUGUUUAAUUCUCAAUUUGGGCUUCUUUAAUAAAAUAUGAUAAAUAAAAACGUUUCUUCCAAAU